GGCUCUGACAGUCGUCUUCGAAAACUGAGGCAUUUACUUCACAAUUCUCUAUCAUGCAAAUCGGUGAUUUUAAUGCAACUUAAAAAGGAAUAUUCACUUCAACGCAAGCUGACAAUAUAAUGGCCGGGAACAUGUACGGGCCAAUGCCAAACCAUCCACCGAACCCGAAUCCAAUGGAUCUAAUGGCAAUUAAGGAUAUUUAUCCGGGUCUCAAAAAUAUCAACGUAAUCUUCAUUAUCCUCGACAUUGGACCCGUUACGCUAACGAAGGAAAAUCGAGAGGUGCGAACAUUUAAGGUGGCUGACCAGAGUGCAGCAAUCAACGUUUCGAUUUGGGAUGAGCCCGGAAAGCAACUAUCGCCGGGGGAUAUCGUGCGACUGACGAAAGGUUACUCCGCUAUUUGGCGCCAAUGCCUCACGCUGUACUCGGGAAAGAACGGAGAAAUAGUUCGUCUAGGUGAUUUCUGCUACAAUUUCAAUGAGAUGGUAAACAUGAGCGAACCGAACCCCAAUCUAAGCCCCUCGAUACCACCGCCCAUUCUCAACAACGGUUCCGGCGCUGGCCCGAACAAUGGAGGAACCAACAAUAACGGUACCGGAAAAUCAAUCGGAGUUCCUAAAUCGAUGGCAAACAGUAAUCCGCUGCAUCAAGGCGGCGUGUCACAAUCCAAACCGCACUCGGCUACGACUCGUUACGCCGUGGCCGCUGCAGCAGCUGCUGCAGCAACACCGCCAGCUCCCAGUAUCAUGAAACCAUCUCAAAAAAAUUCCCCCCGUUCAGGACGGAACAAUCAGGGUAAAAGCACUGCCGUGAAGAAUGAUCGAAGAUAGCAGUUAACUCAUCCUUUUAGUGCACAACAAACAAUUGAUGGUAGUUUCACCUAGUACACAACCGACCAGUAUGCUGUUGAGUAUCCAAGCUAAGUUUCUGCUCUGAGGCAUAUUUAUAAAAACGUAAAAAUAGUAAACAUUCCUACUAGGAUCCACAAAAGUUUUUGUCUUCUCAAAUGUCUGCAAAACAACUGCAUUUCCUUACUUUUUCUACACACAGAGUGCAUUUUCGACAAGCACUGUACUUUUCGCCCGUGCGAGCGAACAUAAAAUAAACA